CAGCACUGUUCAGCACUGUUGAUUCGAAAAUUGAAUGGUUAUGCGCAUUAUAGAUACUACUUUGUUAUUUGAGUCAUACUGCUAUGACAGCUUAUCGAAUAUAGAGUAUUUUUAUAUAUAUACAUGUAGUAUAUUUAUAUUUGCGAAGUUACUGACAGAAGCAAAGUUUGCGAAGAAAUAUUAUCCAAAUGAAAUUUAACGAAAAAGAACUCGCAGAAUUAAGUAGUGGCGCCGCUGAUUUAGAAGGGCGUCUGAAUCAUAAACGGGCACACAAGUCAGGAUCCAAAGAGAGAUGGUUUAAAUUAAAGUACAAUCUAUUAUUUUAUUUUAAUAUUAACGAAAUAGGCCAAAUUGACACUCGACAACCAGCUGGCGUAAUUGUUUUGGAGAAUUAUAAUAUUAAUCUUGACAUGUUUGAAGGAGCAUUUGCGUUUAGUAUAUCUUUUCGAGAUGAACAUGAUAAAAGACAUAUUCUUAGUGGUCGUUCUGAAGAUCAAGUAGAACAAUGGGUUGCAGCACUUAAACAAGCUAGUUAUGAAUAUUGGAGAUCUCAGUUAAUUGUACUUCAAGAAACAUUAUGUAGAAAAACAGGAAAAGAUCCAUUAUUGAUGCAGCUUAGAAAUCAGGGUAUCAUUAGAGAUGAAGCUUGGGAACCUGCAUCAAGUUUUCGAUCACAUGUACAAUCUUUUACGACAUCAGUUGUAUAUACAUUGGCCAGACUAAAUCCAGUACAAAAAGAAAUGAAUUUAAUCGAAUUUUAAUUAUACGUAUAACAAUCAUUUUUUAGGCUGAACUUUGAUAAGUAAAUUAAUUGGUAGUAUUGUCGAUAAUAGAUAGUUAAUUAUAUUUUAAAAUCAUCAGAAUAUUUUAAUUUAUUUAUUCCUUUUUGUGUACAUCAUCUGUAAGUUUAUAAACUUGAACUGAUCUUAGGUAGUCCAUUUUAAGCAGAAAUAUUUAGUUAUAAAUAUUUUUUUUUUUUUAUAAGAUUCAUACAACGAAAUGCAAAAAAAACUUAUAACUGCCCAACUUUACAGUAAAAAUAUGAAGAACUUUUAAUUAUAAUAAUUGUAGAGAUCUGAAAAGAGCAUUCAAUAUUUUCGAAGAUUAUAUUGAAAAAUAUACAUUUAUACGAUAUAAUCUCUAGUUACUAUGAUACGUACAUAUAAUUCCUAAGUAAUUUAUAUGACACUAUAAAUGAAUAGAAAAAAAUAUCGGAUCGAUUUUAAAUUUUGUAAAUGAAAGUAAUUAUUCUUCUAUGUCUAUUUAUAUAUAUUGGUAUUAAUUUAGAAAAUAUUGUAAUUUUUACGAAAUAAUGCAAAAACGAAAAUAA